AAUAUUAUUAAGUUAUUGAUCUCAACACGUAAUUUACGUAGUUCAUCACCUACCCUUUUGAACCCUUUUCUAUCCCAACACUAACAACUUAGAAGAUUCAUGGCCGUAUUUGUAUUGCGCUUUUAACAAACGCUAACUUUACUAUGAUAAACGUCAGCUGAAUUCUCCUUCCCUACUAAUUUCUGGGAAUUUUUUUGACGCUUUUUAGAAACAAAUUAUCACAACUACAGCUGCAACUUCAACUUCCACUUUUUAGUAACUCAUCAAGAUUUUCGGCUGUUUUCUGGAACAUUAAAGGUAAUUUCUCGUGAUUAACCCUUUACGAUUGAGUUCUUGGAGGAAUUUCACAGUAAGUAUGUGAGAAAAUUUUCCUUAAAAGAUUUCACGGGUAGGAGUAAUUUUAUUGUUCUUUUGUUAAGAAAAAAGAUAAAUUAGGGUUUGAUUUUGCUGAUCUUUUUGGAAGACAAAUAUGUAUUGAGUUUUGGGAUUAAUUAUCUCACCUUCUUUAUCAUCAAUAAUUAUCCGCAACUGGGUUGUUGUAAUUAGCUGCACAAAUGAAGUGGAUACAUUUAAUUCUGAUUUUAGUUGGGUUUUCAUCUUUCUGCUCAACUUUGGGUUCAACAAACGUGUCAGAAUGCCCAAUAAAUUUCAACUAUGUUCUAAAGCUUCCAUGGAAUUCUUCACAGUGCCAUGGAAAUACCCCAGAUAAUGAUCCAAAACAUAAUUGUUGUCCGACCCUUUUGAGUUUAUUUGGCAUAGGUCUUGCCUAUAAUAUUAAAGAAACUUCCCUCUUUGGAUUUCAUGAUGUUCAUACUUCAAAAUCUUGUCUCUCUGAUUUCCAAUCCAAGCUCAAUACCUUCUCUCUUUCCCCGAAUUUGACCUCUACAUGUUUUGACCCCUUACAAUUUGUAGUCACUCAGGAUUUUUGUGCUGGCAUUGUUUCUACUCGAAACUGGUAUGCUAAACUUGGUAAUAAUACUCCUUUGGACCAAGCUUGUCGAUCCGACCUUUCUGAUCUUGCUGCCUGUGAUACGUGCUACACGGCUGGUACGCGAGUUCAGGCUCAGUUGAUUUCAAUUGAUGGGAAUACUUCACAUGCUAGAGAUUGCUUUUACUUCACUAUUUUAUAUGGUGCUGGUAUAGUCAAUCAAUUUGGCCCGGGAAAUUUUGGAACAGCAUCAUGUAUGUUUCAACUUUCUUUGAUCAACCCAAGUGGGUCAAACAGUACUAGCCAUUUGAAGCUGCAUCUGGGAUUAAUCGGUGCUGCGGUAGUCGUGUUUGUAAUAAUAUUUCUUUCAAGUUUGUACUUUUGGCAUUACAAGCAGCAGCUGAAGAAGACGGGUGAUAACUUGGAAUGUAAUACUGAUCGAGAAGGUAGGCCUAGAUUGCGUCCCAACACUGGUGCGAUUUGGUUCAAAAUUGAAGAUCUUGAGAAGGCUACGAACUACUUCUCGCAAAAGAAUUUUAUAGGUCGUGGUGGUUUUGGAAUGGUUUACAAAGGCACCUUAUCGGAUGGAACAGUUGUUGCUGUAAAAAAGAUUACGGAAUCCAAUAUUGAAAGGGAUUCUGACUUUCGAAAUGAGGUCGAGAUAAUCAGCAACCUAAGGCAUCGAAAUUUGGUACCUCUUAGAGGGUGUUGCAUGAUAGAUGUUGGUGACAUUGAUGAUGAGUAUGGAGGAAAUUGUAGAUACCUUGUUUAUGAAUACAUGCCGAAUGGCAAUCUUGAUGACCAUCUUUUUCAUACUUGUGCUAACGGAAGUGGGGCGCUCAGAAAACCAUUGACAUGGCCCCAAAGAAAAUGUAUAAUCUUAGAUGUGGCAAGGGGGCUAGCAUAUCUUCAUCAUGGAGUAAAACCCGCAAUAUACCAUCGAGACAUCAAGGCUACGAAUAUUCUUUUAGAUUCAGAUAUGAGAGCGAGGGUGGCUGAUUUUGGAUUAGCAAAACAAGUUACAGAAGGACACUCUCAUCUCAUUACUAGAGUGGCCGGAACUCAUGGGUAUUUGGCCCCGGAAUAUGCACUUUAUGGGCAACUAACAGAGAAGAGUGAUGUCUAUAGUUUUGGUGUGGUUGUUCUGGAGAUAAUGUGUGGGAGAAGGGCUCUUGAUCUAUCCGCUUUAGGGUCGUCAACGACUGUUUUAAUAACUGAUUGGGCAUGGUCUUUGGUUAAAGAAGGAAGACUAGAAGAGGUUCUUGAUGCUUUCUUGUUGAGAGAAGGGGAUAGCUCGGAACAGAAUCCAAGGGGAAUCAUGGAACGAUUUGUACGUGUCGGUAUUUUGUGUGCCCAUGUAAUGGUUGCGUUAAGGCCUACCAUCUCAGACGCCCUGAAAAUGUUGGAAGGUGAUAUUGAAGUUCCUCACAUUCCAGACCGGCCUAUGCCUCUUGGGCAUCCUUCCUUUCAUAGAGAAAGUACACCUUUAAGCAUAUCUCCCGUCUUGAGCGGGCUGCAUUUGAAUUCGGGAGAGAUGCUUAGGUAAUUGAGACUUUAGGGUGUUUAACAAACUGCUCAUAGUUGAAAAUUAAUUGAACUGCUGAUUUGACUAGCUAUCAACUGAUUUGGCGAGCUGAUUUUACAUGCCGGCGAGAACAUAACUUCUUGCUAUGAGUUAGCAAAUUGUUUAAAUCAGCUAAUUUACCAAAUACUGGCAUUAAAUGAUUUGAGGUGGGACAAUUAUUGGCUACAUAUUUCGGCCUUUCCAAAUAAUACUGAAGGUAUGAGAGUCUUGAGAUAUCUGUAAAAAGACGCCUUUUCCGGUUCUUUUUGUUCUUAUUGUCUUUUGGGAAUCUUAAAAGUGUGAAAUUUUGCAUGUGUAAAGACUAUAGUUAUGAACUUAGAUCUUGUUUCUCUGAAUUUAUAGUUAUAUAGUCAUCCCUUUCAGUAA